ACUUUCGCCUACAGGAGAGGGCUGCGAGAGAAAAACAGCGUGUAUACAGUGUGGACAGGCUCUCGUUUGGUUUACACUUUUUGGACACGGUGAGAGCUGAGGGACGCACUUGACGCUUGGAUCGGAAGGCUACUGGUUUUACACUGCGGAGAAUAGCCAGCAGCAUGUCUGGAUUCGCGACUGGAUGGAUAACGGUUGUGCUUGAAAGGGAGAACUCCUCAAACUAGUUGUUUUUUCUUCUUCCGGGAGAUCCACUUUUUGGGUGGUGUGAUGGUGUGCCAAAGGUGUACCACACCAACGCGUUAACCUCCAUCUGCGAAUUCAAUAUGACGCUUUUGGAUAGAUGAUAGCCCAGAUAAUGGGCGGGAGGGAGAAUGUGUCCAAAAUAUCAAAACCAAGGAGUCCUGCGUACCACAGAUGAGAGUGAAGAGAGCAAGACGGUUUGAUUGUAUGUAAGGCGAGGAAAAGGUUUAAUUCUGGUAAAAAAAAGGUGGAGAACGUGGCGCCGGAAACACCGGGCUGGAAGUGGGCUGCAACUCUCUUGAUAGAAGACUCUACCUGGAGUGCAACACGCGAUAAGACUACAUGUUGUUGUUUUUUACAUAGUAUACACGUUGGGCGCAACAAACAAACUAAUAAUUCCGUAGUUAUUUCAUUACUUUACCCAUGGGCAGUUUUACACAGUCGCCCUGACAGCCUUUUGGAGAAAUAACUUUGGAGAUCCACUCCGACAUAGAAGAAGCAUAUCAUCCACGGGGAUACCAAAGGAAACCUGAACCUCGCUGUAUGGACCUUUUUAACUUUGAUCGUUUUUACACAUUGAAUCUGAACCCACUUUUUGUUCCACUUGAAGACCGCUCUCCACCGACGCUGAUCUGAUGUUAAUGAACAUGAACAUAACCACGUGGUCCCAAACUUGACAUUUUGACCGAUUUGUUUUUCUUGAUUCCUCUAUUCUCCUUUCCCCCCCACCCCUUUCCCCUUAAAAUUGUAAUUCUGAAUCCAGAAGUGGCUCCGAAGUGGUGUUGCGGCUCCUCGCCCGCAGCGGAUCCGGAGCUGGGAGUGUCUGCAGCGGGAGGAGCUGGCGGAGGACCCCCUGCAUCACCGCAGGGACCAAAGACCGGUCAGGUGAAAAGGAUGGUUCGAUUGGCGGCAGAACUCUUGUUGCUUUUAGGACUUCUACUUCUUACCUUACAUAUCACCGUGUUACGGAGCAGCCCGUUGCACCAAGGGAAUUUUACUUUGAGGCAGGAUCAGCAGGAUACGUUGCGCGCAGAGAAUAAUGUCAGAGAAGAGAGCAGUUCAUCAGCCCACCAGGGCCCAGGGGAGCGGAGAGGACCAGAGCACCGGUCAGCCCAGAGGCCUGCUGCCCUCCCUUGGGCCCAGAGUCAGGCUACCGGAGGCAGCCUGCAGAAAAACGGGCCGGGGGCCUUCCUCCUGGACCUCAGCAACUUCCCUGACCUCUCCAAGGCUGAUAUAAACAGACAGAACCCCAACAUACAGGUGACCAUAGAGGUGGUGGAUGGUCUAGAGGCAGCAGAGCCUGAGAAAGGCCUGAAGAAAGAGAACAAACCAGGAUGGGCUGCUCCCAACUGGAGAAACUGGUGGAAAACCUCCUCCACCUCCUCCUCGGUCUCGACCCCCCGCAGGCCCGAGGAGCAGGCGCCCUACAGGGGAGAAGGAGAAGGACGAGGGGGAGGUAUAGGUAUAGGAGGAGUUGGUAACACAGAGGAUAGUAACUUCCUAAAGCCACUUGGGGACUGGGAGAGGAGAGGAGGCACAGGAGGAGGAGGAGGAGGCACCAGCAAGGCUCAGACUGAAUAUGACUAUAUAGACGGAGAGGGUGACUGGAGUAACUGGUCUCCAUGCAGUGUAACCUGUAAGAACGGGAACCAGAAGAGGACCAGGUCAUGUGGUUACGCCUGCACUGCCACUGAGUCACGCACCUGUGACAUGCCAUCCUGCCCAGGUAUUGAAGAUGCGUUCAAGACAGCCGCCACUGAGGUCAGUCUGCUGGCUGGAACCGAUGAGUUCAACGCUACAGAGCUCUUUGGUGUCGACACGGACAGCUGUGAACGCUGGAUGAACUGUAAGUCUGAGUUCCUGAAGAAAUACAUGACCAAGGUCUCCAACGACCUCCCCAGCUGCCCCUGCUCCUACCCCACCGAGGUGGCCUACAGCACGGCCGACGUCCCCGACCCCGCCACACGCCGGGACUUCCGCUGGAAAGACGCCAGCGGCCCCAAGGAGAAACUAGAGAUCUACAAACCCACGGCCCGGUGCUGCAUCCGCUCCAUGUUAACUCUAGAGUCCACUACUCUGGCCGCACAGCACUGCUGCUACAAUGACAACAUGAAGCUCAUCACCCGGGGUAAAGGAGCCGGAACACCCAACCUCAUCAGCAAUGAGUUCUCUGCUGACCUCCACUACAAGGUCGACGUCCUGCCCUGGAUCAUCUGUAAGGGGGACUGGAGUCGUUAUAACCAGGUCAGGCCUCCUAACAACGGGCAGAAGUGUCCAGACAACCCCCUGGAUGAGGAUUACCACAAACAGGUGGAGGACGCUCGAGAGUUUUAGAACUGGAGAGAUGAACAUGAGAGAGAGAGAAAAAAAACGAAAACGAUCUGAGAAAUGUUUAUGAAUCUGGUACUUCAAUUGGUGCUUCAAACCAUCCAUGAGUGUUUUUAGACUUUGGAACUAGGUGCCAUAUGAACAGGACUGUCUGUUGAUCAGCCAACGUGAUGAAGAUGAGGAACUGUUCUCGUCUUCAUGAUAAUCACAGUCUAUAAGUCAUGUCAGGUCUUUAUUUCUAUGACAUAUCAAAUCAAAUUAUAUUCAAAGUCAAACUGUAUGAUGGAUUUUUGACAAAUAUUUUUUCUGAUAAUAAUUCUAUAAAAGUUUGGUUUAAAAGGGAUAGCUUGGUGUAGCUUCAUAAAAAGGGAAAAUUACUUUUCAUGUUUUAGAUUUGUAUUGUAAGUUUUUAGUUUGUUUCUGAUUGGCCAAAAGGAGAGCACAGGGAUUCUUAAUUGGCUGAAUGAUCAGAUCCAAAUCUCCAUGUUUUGAGUCACACCCUCCUAACCUAUCAGAAUAGAGAGAGAGAGAUCCCUGACCUAUCAGAAGAAAGCGAGAGAGAGAGAGAGACAUCCCUGACCUAUCAGAAGAGAGAGAGCGAGACAUCCCUGACCUAUCAGAAGAGAGAGAGCGAGACAUCCCUGACCUAUCAGAAGAGAGAGAGAGACAUCCCUGACCUAUCAGAAGAGAGAGAGACAAAGAUCCCUGACCUAUCAGAAGCGAGAGACAGUAGAGAGAGAUCCCUGACCUAUCAGAAGAGAGACAGAGAGAGACAUCCCUGACCUAUCAGAAGAGGGAGAGAGACAGAGAAGAUCCCUGACCUAUCAGAAUCAGAAAGUGUCUUUGUGCUGUGGAUAUCACAGUUGUAACUGAGUGUAAAGGAGUCUUGUAACAUCCAGAAUCUACAGAGCGAUGGGUUAGCAUUCUGCUCAUUGGUAGCUGUAAUAUUCAGGUUAGCAUUCUGCUCAUUGGUAGCUGUAAUAUUCAGGUUAGCAUUCUGCUCAUUGGUAGCUGUAAUAUUCAGGUUAGCAUUCUGCUCAUUGGUAGCUGUAAUAUUCAGGUUAGCAUUCUGCUCAUUUGUAGCUGUAAUAUUCAGGUUAGCAUUCUGCUCAUUGGUAGCUGUAAUAUUCAGGUUAGCAUUCUGCUCAUUGGUAGCUGUAAUAUUCAGGUUAGCAUUCUGCUCAUUGGUAGCUGUAAUAUUCAGGUUAGCAUGCCGUUUUUCUUCUUCUUUACCCAAUCUCCCCUCUUCCGUAUCGAUUCCUCCCUCCAGAUCAUUAUCUCCGGUAUAAAAAGCCUGCGUUAUUUUUGUAGAGUAUUUAUUAAGCUGUAGAUUUAUGUCCCAAAAUGUUGGGUGUCCAUGAUCGUUGUCGUUGAUUGGUUUCUGACUAGAUGCUAACUUGAGAUGGGACCCGCACUCAAACGAAAUCAUCACGAUUGGCUUAAAUCGUUCAUUGAUUGAUAUUGAUCAGAGAUUUUUCAGCCAAAAACUUGGAUUGAGCCGCUCAUCUCAAGUUAGGAUUCGGCCCAAAAGGAAAACAAGAAUAGGAAAUGUGUGAAUACAGCUGUACGGGAAAAAAGAUUGUGAUAUAAAUGUUUAAAUAAAAAAUGUUUAAAUAAAAAACAUGAAGUAAAAUGUAA